CUCUUUGGUAGCAUAUAAUGAAAAUAUAAAAUACAUGAAUCUAUUAUUAUAUCAAUCAGUUUUUUAAUCAUUGAUGAAUUUCUAAUUAAGUUACUGUGUGUUUUAAUUGCUUUAGGGUCAAUGCUGUUAAUGACUCUAGAGCAAACAGGGACACUGCGGAAGUGAAAAAGAAAUGGCAAGACUUAAGCAGUUUGACGAAAAAAAGGAAGCUGAGAGGAUUAAACACCGCAAAGUUACAGGAGGAGGACCUGCGAUGAGUGAUGAUGUAAAGCCAUGGGAACAACUGAUCAUUGGAACAUUUACCAAGAGAGCUCUGGAGGGGGUGCAGGGAGGAAUUGAUACAGCGGCAACAACCGAGCGAGAGACAUCAUACGCUUUUGAAGAAGCUGUUGAAAAUACCCCAGCAGUAGAUACUUGUGAAGAAACAGAGUUUGAGACAGGUGUUUUGGCAAAUUCCCUACCCUCUGCUGAUGGAGUAGCUGUAUAUCCAUAUGCACAUAAAACAAGAGAAAAAAUUCUCAAAGUGAUGAAUCUUCCAACUUGAGAAGAGAGUUUCUGGAAGGGGAGAAAGAAAAAAACAAGGCCGUUGAAGAGUACAGGAAAAAGAAGAUUCUACUCCUGGAAAAAAUAGUGCAACAACAGAGUGAGGUUAUUGAAGUCCAGAGGAGAGCAACAACAGCCCUGGAAAUCCUGGCCACAAAAUUUCAGGAAUCUACCCAGUCCCCCGGCCUCCCCAUUUACCCUUUCCCCUGUUAUUAAAUUUAGUUGAUGGUUUAAUCCUUAUAAUCUUUUUCUGAGUUCACAGUAUUUGAUGUAAUAUCAUAGGAAUAUAUCUUAUUUUCUGUAUAUUUAAAGUAUUCAAUGUGUAACGGAAGGAUUUUGAACAAUUUUAAAUAACUCUAAACUAAUUAAAAAUACUUUGCUAGAUAACGAUAAAAGUGAAAUGAACCAAAUUCACAAGACUGAUAACAUGUAAGGAGACAACCAUUUAGCACAUUAAAAGUUUUGAAGAGUUAUCUGCCCUUGAUGAAAAGAGGAAAAUUUUUGAUUUCACAAAAUUUCUGCGGUAAAUAGUUCAUUUUAUUUCAUAUUUUAAUAAAGAGGGAAUUUAUGCAUAUUUUCACGAAGAGAUUUGUUUUAAAUUCAAAAUACUUUUUCAAUAUUUUAUAAAAACAUGCAGUGCCCCUAGACUUCAAUGUAAAAUUCAAGGGGAUAUUAAUUGGACAAUAAUCAAAAUUUUGUAAAUUCCUUUGGUGGAGCAUUUUUAUUUGAUAACAUCUUCAAAAUGCUACCUAUGUUCCGCGUGGCGCAGUGGUUAGAGCGUCUGCUCUAGAGUCGCGAAGUAAGGAGUUCAAUCCUUACGUCGCAGGUUCGAAUCCCACUGUCUCCAUAUGAGUGAAGAAUUCUCAAGAGGGACGUUAAACAACAUACAAUCAAUCAAUCAAUCAAGAUGCUACCAUGAUUAAAAAUAUUGGACCAUUCAUUUAUUAGGCACAAAAUAUGGUCGUUAUACAUUGAAUACCUUAAGAAUUAAUCAACAGUGUUUAAAAGUUAACUGGGAAAUUAACUUUGUUGAUCACGUGAUCAAAUCCUGUAAAACCGGAAGGGUUUCUCAGUAGAAUUGAUCAUGUACCCAUUCACAAAGUUCAUUUCCAAGUGAACCUUUAAACAUUGUAAUUUAUUACAGAUACAGUCAAUUCAUAUAGAAUUGAACAUACUUUCUCUUCAAUAGGUUCAUCUAAGGAAAAUAUUCUCAAAUGUAAAUAUAUUAAAAUGUAAGAAUGAUAAUUAGGUUUGUUUAAAAGAUAAUAGAACAAGCAUCCCCAUCAAGAAACUCUCUUUUAAGGUUGUAUGGUUCAUCACCUGAAAUAUAUACAGUGUGGUUUUCUGUCUGCUUCCCAUAAACCAAUUUAAUUUCUUUCAUGCAGUAAUGAUUUACCAGGUCGAUUUAAGGUAGUGGUAUUAAUGAGCAUUGCAUAUAAAAUGUGUAUGCAUGUAUCAUCAUAAGAAUUAUUCCCCUUAAACUCUCUAAAAUUUGAAUGAUGAUAAUGUCUUUUCAUGCAUCUCGUGUGAUUAUUAUACCCCUGCUACGAAGGAGAGGGGGGUAUACUGUUUUACCCUUGUGUGUUCUGUCCGUCCAUCUGUCUGUCCGUAACAAAUUUUUGUCUCAAUUUUCUGAGUAACUACUCAUAGCAGAUGCUUGAAAUUUUAGUACACUCUUUUUUGAGGCAUGCCAUAUGGUGGGAUUAACUUUGAUAUGAAUCUGAUGUCAGUUUCAUAUUUUUCUGUGCAUCUGUCCGUAAUUGAACUUGUAUAUUUUAACAUGAUUGUGUUUAUCCACAUCAGAGCAGUGGCUCACAGAUUUCUUGUUUAUUUUUCAGCAUUUUGUUUUAAUGUCAAUAAGAGCAUUAUGUCCGAUUCAUAUUGAUGUUAUCAUUUUGCUUCAGUACUUUUCUCAUAUUUUCCUCUUCCUUUUGGAAAUUCUUUUGUACAUAAUUAUUAGACAUGAAUGUUUUUUGAAUACUGGCUAUUCCAAGGGGAAAAAUCUUUUAGCUUACAUUCUUACAAUAAAAUAUGUAAAACUUCUACUUGAUUAGGUCUUGUGACUUGAUUUUCAAGCACCUGUAUACUUAAACACUGUGAGAAUUACCCUUUUUUAAUAGAUUAAUUCCAUAUAUGAAUAUAUCAACGAAAAAACAUGCUUUGAUGUUCAAUAAUUCAUG